CAAUAAUCCGGGAUGAAUUUGUUGUAUUAAAAUUUUAUCUCAAAUAAAUGAGUUUGAAGUGGGUUGGAUCUUGAAAUUCUGAAGAACUAGAGGAAAAUUUCUGUCAAAGCAAGAGCAGCAAAGGUGGAAGCCAUCGCUUCAAUGGAAGAUGAGCGAUUACCGGAUAAUUGGAGCGAAGCUGUGGAAGACCUUGUGGCCAAAGGAGACACUGAAAGCGCCAUCUCUCUCCUCGAAUCCCUGCUUCCCAAUCUCGAAACCCUAAGCUCUUCCCAACAACCUUCACAGCUUCAAUUGGCGUCUCUUCUCACUGACUUAGCCAAACUUUACUCCUCUAAAGGCUUAUCUCUCAAAGCUGAUGACCUUCAGGCUCGGGCUUCCCUCCUCAAGCAUAGAGCUGCCCGAAGUCACAUUCCUGCGGCUGCUAAAACUGUGAAAGACUCGGAAAAUGGAGUAUCAUCAAACAAUUCUUUUGAUUCAUCAAAUGGGGGGUCCGCUUAUGGACCUCUUGAAAAGCCUGCAGAAAUUCCUGCUGAGACUACCCCUGGCAAUGGUUCUUCAGAUGAUGAUUGGGAAGCAAUUGCAGACCAUUCACCUGAUGAGCUGCUCUCCUCAGUAUCUGCUCAGUGUUUAUCUGGAGUAUCAGAUCUUAAAUUAGAGAACACCAAAGGUCAAAUCCCAAAGCGGCGUGGAAGAGGAACAUUCUCCUAUGAAAAACGUGAACUUUACAGUGAUCAGUUACUUGAUAACUCUGUCAUUGAUGUCGAGGAUGAGGAGGCUCACCAUUAUUCAGAAGAUAAGAGAGAUAUGGGAACCUCAAAUUAUGGGACCCGCCAUAUUCUUGUUUUGGCUGACUUCUUGCCAAGUACUACGACAAUAGAGCUGGAGAAACUUUUUGAGGACUUCAAAGAUCGCGGAGUUGUGAUUCGCUGGGUCAAUGAUACAGUUGCACUUGCAGUGUUCCGAACGCCUUCAAUUGCUCUUGAGGCCCUUAACAGGAUUCAUUAUCCAUUCACUGUGAGGAUACUCGAUGAGGAAGAUGCACUUCUUAGUUCAAUUAAAGCAAGAGACCUGGAACCUCCUAGGCAAAGACCGAAAACAUCAGCUCAAGCAGCGCAGAGGUUGAUUGCCCAGGGAAUGGGGUUAAAAUUGUCAUCCACAGGCUUUGGGUCCCGAGAAUUGAAAAGGCAGGAAGAUGCGAGGAGGAACCGUAUAGUUACCAGACAAAAAUUGAGAGACGAGGCUUGGGGAGAUGAUUAAAAGUGUUUUUAACUUAUAAUUCCUUUAUUCAUCAAUGCGCGAUAUUGUUUCUUGCUAGUGCAAAGUAGCUUGUUGACGAUAGUGAUUGAAACAAUGGGCUAAUAGCUCAUAAUUUCCUGUGACCUGGUAUUACGAAAAUGUAUAGCUCAUUGCUGA